AUGGCUAAAUGGAAGUUAUCUCGACAAAUAUUCGGUUGUGAGGAAUUUACUCUCUCACCAGGCGACAAUGUAACAGUCGGCCGGGGAAACAAUAACAAAAUAACUCUAUCAAGUGCUGUUAUAUCGAGGAACCAUUGUGUUAUUAAUGUCCAGAACAAUAAAGCACUUAUUACAGAUUUACAGAGUUCUAAUGGAGUGUAUGUUGGCACUAAUAAAAUACCACCAAACACUCCAUAUGUUAUAGAAGAGUCUGAUUUAAUUGGAUUAGGAUGGACAUUAGGAGCUCCCCUGGUUAAUAUUAAGGACAGUGAAAAAUAUGUAUUCAAGUUAAUCAAAGACAAACAGGUAUCACCUAUAAUAAGCAGAAUAACAUUCCAAGAUGAAAAUGAAUUGAAUAAUAUUGAGGCAGAGAUUGCAAAGUUUGAUUAUGAAUCUAACGAAAAAGGCACUGUGAGUUCACCAGUCCUCUGCAGUAAACCACCUAUGAAACGCAAGUUAAAUGACAAUAUAAAGUUAGAAAUCAAACAGGAGUUAAAUACCAAGAAAGAAAACGAAAAUUGUAUAAUUAAUAUAUCUGAUAGUGACUGUGAUGUCCCUACCAAAGUACCAGAUGAUGGUUCUAAAAAAGCAAAACUGCAACCAAUAAAUGAAGAAACAAAAAAGCAGCUUACAAAGGUAAAUGAAAUUAAGAAUGAAAAUGAUCUUAUUGAGUAUGAUGAAUUUAAUGUUAAGCAAGAAUAUUUAGGGUAUGACGAUGAACCUAUAUAUGUAAGUGACAGUGAGAGUGAUGGUGAAUCAGAACAAUGGUUCUUGAGACUCUCCCAAAACUCUCCUGGCAAACCUUUUAUUAAAAUGGAAAAAGCUGUCAAGGAAGAAAUUAAACAAGAGGAUGGGUCAUACAGUCAGAUAGAUGAUGAUUUUAUUGGUAGUCAUUUGAUAUUUGAAGAUAAUGAUGAUUUCAUUUCUAAUCCUGAACCAGAAGAGAAAAUCCAUGAAGUACCUGAUAUAAGUAAACUGCCAGACAAAGCUUUAGAAUAUAAUGAAGAAUUUUCUGAUGAUAUUAUUUCAAUUGAAAAACCUCCAACAUCUGAAUCCAGACCAGAAAAAGAAAUAAGGGAUGAUUUGGAUGGAUGUAUAGCAGGCAAUUUAUCAAAACAAUCUGAAAAGCUUAUAAAAUCACCUCCUAAUGAAAUUUAUAAGAAAGCACAAAUGAUUGAACCUCUUGCUCAAUCACGUAAGGGAAAAUCACAUCACCUUUUCGCAGAAGCUCAAGCUAAAACAAAACAAUCUACAUCAAAACUCACUAGCAGUAAAGUUGAGAAGUCACAUUCUAAAAAACAACCAUCAACAACUCAGAAAGAAGAACGUAAAAAAAAACUUAAAGAAAUAGCAUUGAAAGUCAAAGAUAAUGAAACAAAAUCUAACAGAGAGUCAAUAGAAACUAAUAAACCUAGCACAAAUGUAAAGGUUACUUCUACCAACCGAGGAGCCUUUCUUACUGAAGUAGUGCAAGCUGUAGUAAAGCCAGUAAAACGGAAAGAAAACCUAAAUAAAAGUAAAGAUAAAAUUUCAGAAUCUCCUAAAGUCACAGAAUCUAUAAGCAAAGAACUUACAGAAGAUCUGGAAAAUAGAGGAAAACAUGAGAAAGAUAGAUCAAACAAAGGAAAGGGUAAAGGAUUAAAACAAAAAAAAGAAAGUAAAUCGUCCAAAAUCUUUAAUGAUGUUGAACAAGAAGUAAGAGUGCCUCUUAAAAAUUUGAGGCCCUUAACUGAUAGUGAAGAAUCAUAUUCAGGAAAACCUAUUUCAAAAGUGGGGCCCAUGCCUUCAGAAAAACUAAAAAAGAAAGUGCGCUUUUCACAAGAACCACCACAAGUUCGUGUAUUUGAAAUAGAACCUGGUAACAAACUGAAAAAGACUAGCUUAGUAAAAACUACACUGGUAGAUAUUCGGCAAACUCCUGUGUUUUCAUUAGAGAAAAUAACGCUAAUGAAAAUAUUGCGCUGGAACCCUCAUUGGCUAGAAGAACAACUAAAUAAUAAUGACCCACCACCUAUUCUGGGUCAUAAUAACACCCCAAUGACCCUUUUCCACUCUUUUGUGAAUCACAAUCAAUAUGUACAGUUGGUAGGUGAUUUGCUUCUAAUGGAAAUUUGGGAAUGCCUGACAAUAGCAUAUAUGAAAACAAGAAAUCAAAAUAAUGGAUUACAAAUGAGAAUAGAAACGUUACCGCCAAUACCUACACAAGAGCGCUGCUUUGAAUUAUUCAAUUUAAGUGUAAAUGUUUCAUUACUUCCAUCGGAAACGAAUAACCUCCCAAGAGUUGGAGAAAUAAUGCUUGUUACUUUUGAAUCAGAUAAUGUUAAACGUCAGAGAUUUUUCUUUGUGCACAAUAUAAGAUAUCUACCUGCGGCUCCAGGCCAAACAAAGCACUUUUACAGCAUAUCCUUGCAUGCAACUGUCACAGAAAAAAUGAUGUCACUAAGGCCAGGUGGCAUAAUCAUUGGAACGAGUUUAGCAUAUAUCAAGAAGGAACUAAUGUUGUUCGAAGCCAUGGAAUACCUUGCAGGAUCUCCUCUCAGUGAUGCCAUAUUAAGACCAGAACCACAUCAUUUUAUUAGUGAUCAUAACAAUCAGAUAGUUAACCCAAAGUCACAGUGGACUGCGACUUUAAACCCAAGUCAGCUGAGGGCGGUGAGUUCGUCAGUGGCCGCGGCGCUCAGUGACAAACCUUCUAUACAGAUGGUACAGGGACCACCCGGCACAGGUAAAUCCAGUGUCAUAUGUGCAAUAGCCAUGACGUACUUCUACAGUUCACAAGGUAAAAAGCAUCAGAACAGGGGCAAAAUACUGAUAUGUGCAACGAGUAAUGCUGCUGUUGACGGACUAGUCAUUAGAUUAUUAAACUUGAGGCAGAGUUUACCUAAACCGGAACGAUUUCGCAUGGUACGGGUUGGUCGCGCGGAAGCCAUGCACGCGGUGGCCGCCAACAUUAGUUCACAGCAACUCGCGCACCGCGAACUCACUCGCAUCAACGAACAGCCGCCUACCACAGCAGGACUAAACGAAGAGAUCGCACACCUAGAAGCUAAAAUAAACAUGUGGAAGACUGCAAAAAAUGAAGCCAAAGAUCCGGUUCGUAUAGCGUACUGCCAAGGUCGAGUUGCUGAUCUCAUCAAAAGGAUAACACUGCUGCGGGGCGGCGGCGGUGCGGUGGCGGGCGAGGCGGGCGGGCCGCCGCGGCCGGAGCAGCUGGCCGCCUCCGAGCGACGCAUCAUCGAGGGCGCCGACAUCAUCGUCACCACGCUCGCCAGCGCGAAUAACUACAAGAUGAAGGGGUUGAAACGUCGAAUAGCUCUAUGCAUAAUUGACGAAGCGGGACAAGUGAUAGAACCGGAGACACUGAUCCCACUCACACUUGACGUGACCAAGCUCACGCUUAUUGGUGAUCCGCAGCAACUGCCCGGCUUCAUAUGCUCACAGCGUGCAAAAAAGCAUGGAUUGAGCGAAAGCUUAUUUUCGCGCCUAUCAUCUAACACAGAUGAUUGGACCAUAGGUAGUCCAGUCAUUAUGCUCAAUCAACAAUACCGCAUGCAUCCCGAUAUCGCGGAUUACCCGAGCCGAGCCUUCUACGGUGGCAUGGUACAGACCAUCCCCCCCUCCAGGCCCGAUCUCGCUUUACCACCUUACAUCAUCGUCGGCAUUACCAGCGGGGAUAAAGGACAAGGUAUAUCAGGUGCAAAUGAAAUGGAGGCGUGGGGCGUGACGAGACUGGUGAUGGCACUGGACAUAUUCCUACGGCCGCUCAGGCUCAACCUUGCUGUCAUCACGCCUUAUAACGCACACAAAGAUCUUAUCAAAAAACACCUCCAGACGUUACAUAAUCAGGGCGAGCCACAAGUGGAGGUGAACACGAUAGACAGCUUCCAAGGGCAGGAGCGAGACGUGGUGGUGGUGUCGCUGGCACGCAGCCAGGGCGUGGGCUUCCUCACCGACACGGGCCGUAUGAACGUCAUGCUCACGCGCGCCAAACACUCACUCAUCAUCUGCCUCAACCCCUUUGCCUUGCUGAAAAACAAUCAAUGGAGGACCCUUAUAGAUGACUCACAAAGAAGAGACUUGUUUAAAACUCUGCCAAACAAAAUGUGUCAACCUAUAACAGCGGCGAAAGUUUCUACUGACGAUAUUUUGAAAUACAUAAUGGAUAAAAAAUCCAACAGCUCCUCCUACCGUUGA